CGCCCAAACGUCGGAGACGACAGUAUUUGAUGCAACAUGGCUCCACCGGAAGAAAUGUACACAGCGAUGGUCAACCGCUCCAUCAGGACCAUCAAGGCUGAACUCGAAUACCUUUGUGAUGCCUCGGUCAUAUCGCCCCAAACCCUCAACGACCUGCUCUCCAAGAUCCCGCCUCAGACAGCCCUUCAUGCUCCUCUGUCAGUCGGCGCAGUACCAUCUGCCUCGCCUGCUGUAGCCGCUCCGCAACCUCCUAGCCAGCCUUUCAACAACCUGAACCUGAACCACGCCCAGACGAACGGUCACCACAACGACAGAAGCGACAAUGUUUACAACCCGACCCCUUCGCCUCAACCUCCACCACCAGCAUAUAACUCUCCUCCGCCAGCCGCGAACUGGGCGCCUCUCUGCACAGCCACGGCACUUUACGCAUAUACCUCCACCGAUGCUGGUGACCUUGAGCUGCAGCCGAACGACCACGUGACAGUAACCGAGUAUAUGAAUGCGGAAUGGUGGAAGGGCAGAUCAAGCAGAACUGGCCAAGAGGGUAUCUUCCCAAGGUCAUACGUAAAAGUCACAGAUGAGAAGGGAGCACAACCUGGUCCAGCUGCGCCCAACUACACCAACAACCACGGCAAUGCUCCUCUUGAGACCUCGCAAAUGGGCAACGGUGAAGGCAAGAUUCCUGGCAAGGGACAAGAAAUGGGCAAGAAGUUUGGCAAGAAGUUGGGUAAUGCGGCUAUUUUCGGUGCUGGAGCUACUAUUGGUGGCAACAUCGUGAAUUCGAUUCUUUGAUGAUAUUUUGUGUAUUGGCAAUGCAUGAGGAUGGUCGGCGUCGGCGUUCCAGCUGGGCAUAGAUUUGUAUGUUUAAUCCAGGUUUCCGAGACGUGCGCAGGGGUGCCAUGAGGAUCACAGAAUGAAUCUUUGAUACAAUAGCUCUCCUACCUGGAGGCUGGACGUUUGUCCUAACGAGCGCUUCGAGCGGCCCUCACAUUCGAAGAGAAGCGUCUCCAUCUCGGCUGAGAUAAGGGGUGCGAAGAAAGAAUGCAGCAGGCUUCCCAUCUUGCAAGGAAAGGCUGUGGUCGAAGUUUGGCUUCAACGGCGUGGGCAAAUGAGACAUGGUCUGAGGAAAGGUCAAGAGCAACAACGUCUUGGGCGACGGUAUAGGAAAGUGAACUUUUGAAACAAGAUAACUUUAAGCACGAUGAAUGAAAUGGUUGCAUAC